AUGCUACUUUUUUCGAGUCAGCAUCUGCGCAAGAUUGGGGAGUUGUUUGCCUUUAAAUUUAAUAGUACAGCCAGCUCCAUGUACUUUGUUCUCGAGGUAUAGUGAAGAGUCAAAUGUAUAGUUGUUCUCGUUGUUCCAAUUUCAGCGUUUUUAAUUAUUGUACGUGGUUUUAGAAAUGCUGCUGGACCAAUAGAACAUCUGAUGUAAUGGUUUCGUUUCAAUUUCUUUAGCCAAGUCAUCUAAUCUUUCCCCCUAAGGUUUGCCGCUCAUUUUCUUGCUCCUCACGGUCAACUUUCUAUCGAACACGGGCACCUCCCAAAAUCGACGAACACUUUCAGAGUUAGAGACCUUCAUGGCGGUAAGGCAGAAAAUCCAUACUGAAGUUGUUGUUAAAUGGUAAUUUAGAUCCUAGAGAUUAUCCGCGGUGAUUUCACUGCAUUUGAUGCAUUCUCAUUAUUCAAAACGCCCUACAAGUCUUGACUUUCAUUUCCAUCUGGAAUUCCAGAUGCCAUAUGAGCAAGCAAAAGCCACAUUAAAUGCUUGAUUCAGUCCCUGUCGUUCUUCGGUUAUUUUGUUUUCGACUCGCUAUAACGGUGCCGGACACUUUUCUAAGACUGACACAUUGUGCACCUAACAAUUGUGCCCGUCUUUGAGGGAGUUGACCCUUAGUCAAAAAGCUGUUAACCUUACCAUUGAGUGUUAACGUCCACAUAUGUACCCUUAUGUCUGUCUUAAAUUAACCUGGGGAAUUUCAGAGACUAUCUUUAGUUUGCAGCAGCCCAGAAUGUACAUAAAACCGGACGAAAGGGCUUUCCCUUAAGUUCGUGGUUUAGUACUUAUUAACAGCUUUCUCCCUUUUUGGAAUGCAAACAAUAAAUGGUGUAUCCUCAUGUGCCAUGAUAUAGGUCAAACGUGGAGUACAAAACACUGAAUUAUUACAAGGAAGAGUGAUUAACCUUGGCAUUCUAUGCCACGAAUCCGGGGGACAUCAAUAUCACGGCUGCAUACAGAUCAAAUUAAAGGGAAAGUUAACGUGUGAGUGAUCAAGGAUUGCCAUUGUUGUGUUAAUUACUGUUGUGAAAGAUAAAGUCGAAGUUUGGUCGCUAGGUAACUAGUGAGGUAAAAGUGCAAUAAAACCGUCUUAAUUUGAGAAGAAUGUGUUCGCAAUGUUGAAAUAAGUUAGUCAGGGGUAUAUGUUCUUGGGCGUAUAGUACCAUGUGCAAAUAGGUUAAGAAAGGCGUGGUGUCUCUGCAUGAAUAGGGGGUGAAAGCCACUAAAAGACAAACAGUUUGAUAAUCAGGAUAAUACCAAUAAGUGGAGCGUGCUCUUUGGGUGAAAGUUCUUGGUGAUAUAUAUAGUUAAGACUAUUUAUUAAAGCAAGUUUAGGGCCCGUUAAAGAUGCCGGGGAAGGGCAAAAAUCAUAAUUGAACUUUUUCCUUUUUUAUUUUAACAAGGUCCCGUGAUGGUACCCAAUUUACAACCGUCUUCAUCGGCGAUGCCAAAGAACACAUCUAUCAGAGCGGUGUGGAAGUCUUCUAAAAUCGGUCUUACAACCUCAAUAAUUGUUUUUGCAUCCUCGACAGGGUCGAACUCUUCAAAACCUAUUCCUACAACCUGGAUUAUAGUUUCUGCAAACUCGACUGGAAUUCACCCAACCUCAACGGUAUUCCGUCCAACUUUGAUAGCUACGCAGACUAUUCCCAACUCUUCACAGACCAUUUUGGUAGGCCAAGCCCGGAUUUUCUCUACUAGUACUUCACCGACAAUAUUCAAACUCGCUUUUACUCGGUCUGUAGUAUCGCUGUCGUCUGAAAAUCACCCAAACUCGAAAGUGAAUCAUCCAGCCUCGAUAGAUACGCGGAUUAUGUCCAGCACUUUACACACCAGUUUGAUAUUCCACACUAUUACUCGCCCCAGAGUCUUGCACCAGUCGACAUUUGUUUUGCCUUCAAAUGUAAGUUAUCCAAAGGAUUUUCUCCGUUCACCCUUCAGAACGCUCCAUGCUCUUAAAUGGAUUGCUAGGCCCGUCCUCAGACUUUUCAACUGGUUAAAUUCCAGAACCUUUCUUAAGAGGGUUUUUUUUUUAAAUCAAAGAUUUGCGGUUAUCCUCAAUUUCCUUCAGAUAAGGAAAUCACCUGACGUCCAACUCCAUCACUUGAUAAAGAUUCCGUGAUGGAAUAGAAAGCUUGUGUAUGCUUAUAAGUUUUCAUCCCGAGAUUUCAGAUCUCGUUGCCCUAAAUAUCAUUGCCAGGAUUACGUAACUCUCUCUCUUCGCAAAUAUUCAGUCAGGGAAAUUUCUGUAUUGAUAAAAAUGAGGUUUCUCCUGAUUCACAGGAGUCGAAAAAGAUCUAACCUAAUUCACUCCAAAUGGCGGCCAAAGCAAAAAAACCUACCAAUGCAAACGUUUUGUCUAAGAGGUUUUUUGAUGGUAACACCAUUCGGAUGACACAAACGAAAGAAAUAGUCUAGCCAUAAUUUGAUCUGGCGCCAUAACUUGGCCUGAAUUGUAGCUAACCACCCUGUUAAUGUAUAAUUGUGAAGAUACCCUCUGACAACUUGUCUCCCAAAUGAUCGCUUAGCAAGAUUGUAAAUUCUAGCCUACGAAUGAGAGGUUAUGGAAGGUUUUGGACAUCAUAACCAUUUACAAACUAGUUUUUCAUUCCAUGAAUUAAGGAGAAGAGAAAAUAAAGACAUUUGCUUAGUUGGUUUAAAAUUUAAGUGGACAUCCAAUGAACACCACAGUUGGCACAGUCGUUAGCUCAUAACGAAAUAGACACUCAUAAGACUAGCCUAGUUUAGACUAAAUAGAGAAGCUCUUUUUCUUACAGUAAGCCUGGGAUCCGUUGCAAUUUUUUUUUCUUCUAGGUUCAUUUACGUCCCAGCCCAAACGUGGAGGGCGAUGCAAAAGGCAGUUCAUCGUCUCUGGAUUUUAUUACAGGCAUCUCAAUAUCCUUUUCUCUAGCAGUUGUGAUGAUUGGGAUCAUUGGGCUCAUAUUUUAUUUGCGCUACUUUAGAGGGUAAAAAUUUGUUACAUUAAUCCAGUGAUAUAUAUUUUACUAUUCUAUUAUCGUAACGUUUCCAAAGCAGUGCGGGUUUACCCAAUUUGUGCAGAGAUACAUUGUAGUAUAUGGAAAGCUAAAAUAUAUUAAUUUGAGAUUUUUGCGCGAAGGGGAAUUUCUUUUUGACAAUCUCAACCAUAGCUUACCAACGCUCGACAAUUUGACAUUCUAAGCGUUCCUAGAUAGGGUCUUAAAUCUUGUUAGAAAUACAGGGUUGUUCCGUAGGAUCUUUUUUUUCAUUUGAAGAUUUUUUGAAAAAAAAAAAAAAAAAAAUCUUAAUUUGUGCAAAAUCGACUUCAAAGUAAUUUUGUCCUUUUUAACAUUUUAUUUUCUUAGAGAGUGGCACCAUGAACAGAAGGAUCAUCGGGUAAGGUGAUUAUAUUCCUGCGCAAUAAUAUACAACAACAACAACAAAAUAGAUAAUCACAUAUCACUGUCUACAUAUUAUCCCAAAGACGUCUCCCUGUGAUUAACUAUCAUCUUCUUAGUACAUGACCCAGGUCACCUUGUGACCAUGGUGGACUUUGGCAUCUGUGGAUCACUAAUUAAUAAAUAUUACGGGACAGAGAAGUUUCUGCCUCAUGGAUUCCGUUGACCUAAAACGCCAGUGCCCUCUGAUCAAGGAGCUGUAAGACUGAAUCUUUAAAUUAAGCUCCUUUUAUUUGUGUCUAUUUGACAGAAUACCGUUAUGAUGAGCGUACAUAGAAACUCAGCUUUCCAAGAGGAUGAUGACAAUGAGAACAACUCGCUUGCCAUUAGAGCAAACGUAAUGGGUAAGUAAACACAUUAAACAAUCACUGUGUAACUGAUCUGGGCAAUUGUAAAAUAUGUCAUAAACUUUGGAUCUGGGUCAAUUAAUUACACUACCGGUACUUUUGCUUUUGAUGCAUCUAAAAAACUGGGAAACCACGCCCUCUGAUUUUUUUUUAAAAGAAUGCCUUAUUUAUAACCAAUUUUAUAACCAAUACAAAAUUUUCCCUCCAAAUAUCCAAUAAGGUAGAUUUCCACUGUCGCGUACUUUUUACGUGCGCAUACGCACGUAAAUUUUACGCGCGUAAAUAAAAUAGAGGCAAUGUAUGGAAGGUUACGCGUAAACGUUGAAAUCUCGCUCAACUUUAACGUUUACGCAUGGCCUUUCAAGGAUGGCGUAUAUUUCAUUUACGCACUUAAAUUUUACGCGACAUUGCAUGGAAAUCAACCCAUACGGUCAUUUGCAAUUGAUUUCUCUGCCCUAUUAAUAAUCAUUUCUAUAAUCUAUCGCUUUCUAUUUUUUAAUCUAAUAUUGUAAGUACGACUGUUUGCACCUUUUUAUUUUUCUUUCCCCGUUACUUGUAGUUUUCUGUAAAUGUCUAUGCAAGUUGCACAAGGCAGUAAAAAACUUGAAAGGCAAAGCUUCUUUGGUCUCUGGACACAUUGUACCUUUAACCAUUUACGCAUUUUUUUUUUUUUUGGGGGUUCUUGCAAUAUACUGUAAUGCAUGAAGUUACAUCUUGUAAUACUGCAAAACAUUAUAACGCUGAAUGCGCAUGAUAUAGCAAUUGCUAUGCCAGUGAGGCAUAACUGCGUCGCUGUCGAUAGACAAUAUCCAGAGCAAAGUGAAAUCAAUAGGGAGCUUAAGCAACGACGACGGCUACGAAAACGUCACUUAAAAAGUGAAUUUGCGCUACUUCAAAAAAUAAAGCGCUUAUUCCAUUUCAUUCAGUUCGUCAGAUGCUAACAAUUUUUUGUGGAGUUGCAUUCCAAAAGACUGUAUCGAAGUUCAGGAAAAUAAAAAAAGUCGUCUUGUGUUCACGUUCUCCACAAAACGUGAAAGUAGGCAUUUUCACGUCGUAGUCGUGCAGUGACGCCGAAAAAAAUGUAAGGUCAUAGACGGCGAGUAAAUGGAGCCAAGCAGUAGCUCGAAAAUACCGCUAAAAUGUUCGUUUCGAGCCGGCAGCCAGCACGGCACUUAUUAGAAGUCCAACCAUUCUCCAGAUUCGCGUUCGAAUUUGUAAACUUGGUAAAACACUGAUGUCUGUCUUCGACUAUCAUUAAUAUUUUAAAACAAGUAGUCGCCAGGGUGACUUUAAAUUUUCAGUUAAAAUCGAGUCAGUGUAAUCCCUUGGCACUUUACUUUUGUAAUUGACUGAAUAACACUUUGAAAUAUACAAUCACAUAUGUUCAGAGUGAAACACUUCUUAAUUCCACAUUUGUUUCCCUUGUAGGCACAAUUUCCAGCCGACAAAUUUCGCAGGUACGUCUUUAAAGUCAAUAAAAUAGCAAUAAUUAAAUAUAGUAUUGAUCUUGAUCAUCUGUCACGUUGCUGAUCUGAUUUUAUGUUGCUCAUUAUUCUGUGAAGUUGGCACCCUAUUAUUUAUAGGGAAGACUCUGGGAAUACUUCCUCGUUCUCACGGUCCACCAGUUGUCUGCUGUUAGUGAGAAGAAAGUGAAAUCACAAGUUUUUCAAUUCAGCCUGUUUUCAAUGUCAUGCCACAAGGGGGAUCGGCUAAGUCAGUCAAGACCAGGAUAUAAGCUGGUUGUUCUUGUUCUUCCUACUUGUUUAUUUACUGUUUUUAUUCUUUUAUUUAUUUAUUAUUAUUAUUUUUCUACCCCCACAGUCUUCACCCGACGAAACUGAUGUUGGAUACAUGAUGAUGAAAGAACCCUCUUGCACCGAGAGAACUUAUGAUUACGCUUACGCAAAUCCUGUACAAGUAACAAACUCUUUAAUCUUGAUCUUGUUUUAUUCAUUUAUCUAUUUGCUUAUUUAUUUCUUUUUUCUACCGUUCACAGUCUUUUCCCGAGGAAACUGACGUUGGAUACAUGAUGAUGAAAUAACCCUCUUGCCCGAGAGAACUUGUGAUUACGCUCACGCAAACCCUGCACAAAUAACAAAUUCUUUUUAAAAUUUUGACCUUGUUCUGUUCAUUUAACUCUUUGCUUAAUUAUUUAUUUUCUCUACCGUCCACAGUCCUUUUCUGCGGAAACUGACACUGGAUAUGUGAUGAUGAAUGGAGCUUCUUGCCCCGAGAGAACUUAUGAUUACGCUUACGCAAAUCCUGUAGAAAUGACAUCUCCUUCUUUAAUCUCAAGUCAAGUCAAGUCAAUCUUUAUUUAAACACGGUAAAAUCCAUCAGGAAUUUAAAAAAUUAAAAAUAACCUAACUAUCCUAAACAAAAUUCAAAACCUGACUACAACUAAUCUAACUAAAACCUGUUUUUCAUGAAUGCCGUGUAUAACAUUAAAAGUGAACAUUAACUAAUCUUUUAAAUUGACUAAGAGAUUCGGCUUCUCUCACAUGACAGGGUAGGCUGUUCCAGAGAACUGCUCCGCUAUAAGUAAAGCUGUUUUUCAUGAAAUUAGUUCGCGGAAAUGGGACAAAUAGUUUGUUAACAGAGUCCCUCAGGGAGUAACGCGUUUCAUUUCGUUUAACAAACUUAGAUGAUAAAUAUUCAGGAACAAGGCCAUUUAAAGACUUGUAUACCAUUAUGGAUUUCUGUAUUUGAAAUUGAGUGCUCAAGUCUUUCCAAUCGAGUUGUCUAAUCAAACGGUUAGCAUCAGCAUCAUAGCUAGAGAAGGUUAAAACGCGAGCGGCACGGUUCUGAAGCUUCUGUAGCCUGUCAAAUAAUGUUUUACCACAAUUACCCCAGACAAGAUUGCAAUAAUCGAAAUGAGAUUGAAUUAGUGAGUUGUAUAUAUAGUGAAGGGUAGGUGGAGGGACAAAAGGUCUAAUUCUUUUUAUUGCUCCAAUUCCGGAAGCGACCUUUUAGAUAAUUUAUCAAUGUGUGAUUGCCACCGUAGAUUUUCAUCAAUAAAUAUUCCAAGCGAUUUGACAGAGGAAACGUGUUCUAUCGGAACAUUAUUAAUCGAGAGCUCAAGUGGGUUCGACAAAGUACUCAAUUUUUGUCUGGAGCCAAUUAGCAUGAAUUCAGUUUUAGAAGUGUUCAAAGUAAGUUUAUUGGAAAUAAGCCAUUUGUUUAGGUUAUCUAAAUCGUGACUCAGAGUUAACUGUAUUGAAUUCACAUCAACGCCAGCAUAAGUAAUGUGGGUGUCAUCGGCAUACAUUCUAGGCUGGCACGAAGUAAGGCAGUUUGGCAAGUCAUUAAUAUAAAUAAGAAAUAAAAGGGGCCAAGGAUUGUUCCUUGCGGUACCCCACAUUUAAGAGAGAGCAGAUUCUAGAAAGAGAACCGUUAACAAGACAUCGUUGUGUACGAUUAGUUAAAUACGACCUAAACCAAUCAAGAGCUGUACCUUGUAUUCCGUAAAGGUUCAUUUUAGCUAGAAGGAUAUCGUGGUCAACGGUGUCGAAAGCCUUUUUAAAUCGAGGAAAACCACAGCAUUAACAUUGCCACGAUCAAUAUUAAAGGCCCAAUUAUCCGUAGCUUCCAGAAGGGCAGUUGCAGUUGAGUGUAACGAGCGAAAACCCGAUUGAUGAUUAGAAAUGAUAUCUUCAUUGGUCAAAAAGUUAUACAACUGAUCAUAAACAAUCCUUUCAAACACUUUAGCUAUAACGGAAAUGACUGAAAUAGGUCGAUAAUUAUUCAGAUCAGAUGGCUCACCUUCCUUGAACAACGGAGUAACUCUAGCACAUUUCAAUCAUCAGGAAAUAUACCAGAGACUAAAGAUUUAUUAAAGAGAUCACAUAGUGAAACUGAAAUAAGAUCAGCACAUUCACGUACAAUUUUAGCAGAAAUAUUAUCAAGACCAGUUGCUUUAGAUCUACAUAAUUUGUUUAGAUGUGAGAAAACAAUGCUGCAGUUAGUCGAGGAGAAGCUGAAAUUGUUGUUAUUUACCUUUAUAUUAUUGAUAUAACUUGAAUUAUUUUCAGCAGUUAGAGGUAUUUCAUUAGCAAGUCUGGGCCCAAUUGUUGAAAAAUGGUCAUUAAAAGCAUCAGAAAGCUCACUAGAAUUAGAGAUAAUGGUAUCAUUCAAUUUCAGUUCUUUCACCGUUGUAUUAUUCACACGACGGGAUGUAAGCUCAUUAAAGGUUUGCCACGUUUUUCGAGGAUUACCCUUAGAUUGAAUAAAUGCAUUAGAAUAAUAAGAUGCUUUAGAAAUUUUGAUGUCAUUGUUUAUUAUAUUUCACAACUUUUUGUACCUUUUCCAAUCGUGUGGAUCAUUCGAUGUAAUUGCUUUUCUUUUGGCAGCAUCACGAUCACGCAUGCCUUUCUUUAAUUCUGAAUUGAUCCAGGGUGCUUUAUUUGUUCUAGUACGUCUAGUUCGGAGUGGCGCAUGAAUAUUAACAAUAUCCAAAAACUUCGUUUUCCAGUCAGUCCACAAAACAUUUGGAUCUUCAGAAACAUUACAGGACCAGUCUUGCUGAGCGAUAUCGUUACGAAAACUCUCCCUAUUAAAAUUUUGGAAAUUUCUAUAAGAAAUGGUUGAGUGCCCUUUUGAAGGAAAAGUGAGAGAUAAUUUCCUAUAAACGUAAAUAAGGCUAUGAUCGCUGAUACCAAUAUGAGAGACUCCGGAACAGACUACCCUGUCAGUAUAGUUUGUAUAAAUUAAAUCGAUUAAUGUUGAAGAGGAUUCCGUUAUGCGAGUAGGUUGAGUUAUAAGCUGUUGAAGCCCAAAUAAAUCAGAAAUUUCACAUAAGCGUCGAGUAUUUAAAUCAUAUUGUGCAGAGGCCAGGUUACAGUUUAAAUCACCUAGCAGAUAAUAUUCUAGGCCGAGGGAAUCUAAUUUCUCAAGAAAUGAUUCGUAAUGUAAAAAUAAAUCAAUUGAGGAGCAAGGAGGUCUGUACCAAGUGGCUAUCAGAAAUGGCCUGGAGUUUGGUUUCCGAAUCUCUAUACAUAAAUUUUCAAGACUGGGUGCAUUCAAAUCAGAGCGAACUCCAAAAUUAAUCGAGGUUUUUAUAAAAACCUACUCCUCCUCCUUGUCUGUUUCUAUCACGACGAAUAAAUUCAUAGCCUGGUAUUUGGACCUCACAACUAUUGAUAGAGUCAUCAAGUUUAGUUUCAUUAAUUGAGAGAAUAUCAAUGGAGCGAUCGGCAAGGAGAAUUCUUAGUUCAUCAAUAUGCUUUGUAAGACUAUUAAUGUUUAAACCUGCAAUUUUAAAACCACGACCAGAAGGAAGAAAAUCAGAGAGAAUUGUACUUUCAAAUGAAUCAACGUUUUGAUUAGGAAUACCUGAUGAUACGUCACUCGGUUGAGAAGCUAGCGUGGGCGUCUCCUGUUGCGAGCUGGAGAGGGAAGGUUUCCCAGUUCCAUCAGAAGCUUUACCAGUUGUUGGAUAGCUGAGGACUGAAAACCCUUAAGAGACUGAUUAUACUUGCCAGAACCAGAUCUUAAAAACUUAAUAAAUUGCACGGCCAGCAAUGACGAACCUUUGGCAUUCAGAUGAAGUCUACUACCAUUUAAUGCUGAGGCGUCAAUAACCGAAUUAUCAAUAUAAGUAAAGUUAUCAUCUACUGCUGUGAGCUUGACCCUCUCAUUAACUUCAAUGCGUUUAGCAUCGACGUUGAUAUCUUCUCUGUAGACUAUACCCGAGAGACCAAUGCUUGAGUUAGGAAACUUGCUCUUCACCUUCAAUACAAGGCUCUUGAUAUCGGCGACACAUGAAUCGGCAGACUCCGAUGGAAGAUUGUUGGUGCCAGUAUGGAUGAUGACGUGAGAAGGAUCCGCGGAUGCAACAGCGAUGUUGUCAACAGCUUCAGCUAUUUCAGCAGUGGUUUUCCCGGGAUAAGAGAAUUUAUGUACAUGUCUUUGCGAAAGCUUUUUUGGAUCAAUGUGUUUUAUCAUUGAGUCACCAAUAAGCACUAUGGGUCUUGUCUUUCCGACUUCACCGCUUUUGGAGUUAUUUGCACUAACUCGAGAGGUAUUUGCGUGCGCUCCAGACUGAUGCAGUGGCAUCUCAGAGGAUACUUGACUCGAAGGAGAAGAGACAAGUAAGGCCUGAUAGCGGUUAUGACUAGUUGGAAUUGAAUCAAAUGCCCGGCUCGCUUCAGAUGAAUCAACAUGUGAAUGUUGCUGUUGCUGUUGUUGGCGACUUUCUUCGUUAUUUGCAGUAUAGUUGUCCUCAUUUCUCACUUGGAAUUGUACCUCACUUCUAAGGGGCUCAAAUCUGUUCUCAGUUUCUAUAUUGCAGGCCGCCAACGGCCGCUGGAUAUGUUUAUCAUUCACACUUUUCCCAAGUGUGCCCACCUGGGACCAACAAUCACAUAUCUUUUGUUGGCGGCAUUCGCCCUCGCUUCUUUCUUGCAUAAUGAUCUUCAUUGCCAGCUUAAGAGAAUCAUUUUCUUGUUGCAAGGACAAAACUUGGCUCUCAUAGGAAAAACACUUUUCCUCCAACACCUCAAUUUCAUUAUCUUUUUUAGAUAAUGUCGAUAACACCUUCUCAUACCUCUCUUUGUAAUCGAGGAGCUCGGCGCUAAAAGCGGUUUCUUGUAAUUUGCAUUUCGUCGACAGAAGGCUUGUAUUUGCUUCAACCUUUUUCUGAAGAAUUAGUAAAUCCAGUUUUAAGCCCUCAAUAUCAGCACUGAUAACCGAGUUCGAUCGCUCUUGAAUACUGUUCUCAAGUCCGGCGUCGGCGGCCGAAGCUAGUCGAUUACUGCAGAUGCCAUUGGCUUCUUGCGAAGGCGGAAUUUCUUGCUCGGUUGUUGAAGCAUCCGAGACAGGCGUAUCAGCUUCUGUUCCCUGUUUAUUUUGAAUAAACUUGACCAACUUGUCCUUUAAGGAGGGACCAUCUCGACCUUGGAAACAAAGGGUUAGCUGUUUCUUAUUAUACCAGUUGAUGACGAGAUUAUUGUUAGAACUUUUGAAUUGCUUUACGUUUCCUCCGGGCGACGACCACUUUCCUUGUAGUUUCAAGCCAUUUUCCACAAAAUUCUUUAACGAUUCAAGGUUAUUCGUCCACGUUAAUCGUUCCCCGUUUAGCUUAAGGGAUUGUAAUUCGCACCAUUUAAGGUUAAGCUGGUAAGACUCGGUAUCUUUCGUCAAAACGGGACCAGAAGGUUCACGUCCGUCCGCCAUGGUUCACGUCAAAAACCCGCAAGCAAAUUUAAUCAGUUUUUAGCUUGUAAACCAUAUCGACGUUAAUUCUGUAAACCAUAUCGACGUUAAUUCUGGAUCAAUCUCGCGGAGCACAAGAACGGUGUGCGUUCCCGCUGAUGCUUCUGCUAAUCAACAAUCACCAUCUGUUGAAGUCAGGUCACCAGCCAUUUAUAUUGAUAAAAAUUACGAAGACACGAAGAAUAUUAAUGCAAAGAACAGCUUAUUUACUGAAGGUAAAAACGAUUGCGUUAAGGAUGAAUGUUAUCGAAUGGACGAAUAUAGUGAUUUGUCUCUAGCAAUUUUCUUUCUCUUUUUUGGUACCUAAACAAUUUCUAUAGGAUAUCCUCGAACAAUCACUAAGUAAAACGGAAUUCCUCGUCACUAGUGUCACCGACCUAUGUACUAGGUAACUUGUUAAAUCUUCUAAAUAAAGAUUUGAAAACAAAGAUCACAAAUGUUUAAAGAAAAGGACUGCUGAACUCUAAAUAUUUUUGCCUUGUAGGGACCGAAUCCAGCCCAAUUUCACAGGUACACUUUAAUAAAUAGAUAAUAUAAAGAAUAAAAUUGCACCUAUUAUUAUUCUAACGGGAUGUUUGGUGUAUAGCUUAUACCUUCUAAUGAUGCUACAUAUUGAGACUAUAUCGUGUGUGUAAUUAUGUGUAAUGGGAGCAACAAAUUUUGAAAAGUUGAAAUUCUGCUACUUUUUGAAAAUAUACUGUGCCUCUACCCUAUUCAGACUGGGCAUUUUUGGGCUUCUUGGAACCGGCCUCAGAGACACACUCCCUUUCACUUUAAAACUUUAAAUAUACUUGUAUCAUGGCCACGGUCACGUUGAGGUCAUUUUUUAAAAUUAUAGGAAAGUUUACUGGCUGGAUCUAUCUUUUCCAAUUACUUACACCAAGGAUAUAUAAAAUUAUAAAUUUAGCUGACGUUUUGACACCUUUACCAGAUUCAAAUUUAUCCUUUUCUUCAGAAAAGUUGCUUAUUUAGUUACAUUUCCUGAUCCAAAUAAGACGAGUGGAGCAUAACAGUCUUCUUUCGAUCGUCCACAGUCUUGUCCUGAGAAACCUGAGACUGGAUACAUGACGAUGGAAGGAUCUCCUUGCUCCAGUAGUGCUUACGAUUACGCUUACGCGAAAACUUCAAAACUCACUAGACGAAUAUUGGUUUCCCGGGCAGGAAUGAAGUGCGAUAAAAUCUCCACUGGAUACUUCGGUGAAAAUAGGUCAAGAAAUCAACAACAAUCACCAUCUGAUGAAUUCAGAUCAUCUGCAAUUUACACCGAUAAAGAUUACAAGAAUGCAGAAGACACCUAUGUGAAGAACAGUUUAUCUUAUCAAAGAGCAAACGACGAACGUUUGCUGGUGGAUUGUGGAGCUUCUUCUCUGUCAUAUGAAAACUUCCCCGGUAGCAGCUCGGGACACUUUUCAGAGGAGAGAACAGAUCCUGAGAAGUAUGUUGAAAUGGGAAAGAGAAGAGGAGUGCGGUUUGCGGAGAGUGAAGAUAAAAAUGGUCGCAAUGGCUUAUCCAAAGAAGAAGAAGAAGAAGAAGAAGGCCCUGGAAAUCUGGUUCUCGUGGAAACUGGGAAGCUCAGAUCAUCUGCAAGUUCCCCUGAUAAACAUUACGAGAACAUAAGUGCAAAGAAUAAUUCAUCUAAUGAAGGUGAAAACGAGGAGAGUUUGCGGCUAGAUUGUAGAGUUUGUGGUUUGUCUUAUGAAAACCUAUCUGGUAGCAACACAAGCCAUUUUUCAGCGGAGAGAACCAAUCCUGAGGAGUAUGUCGAAAUGGGUAAGAGAAGAAGCGUGCAGCUUGCAGAUAGUCGGGGUCAACCUGGUCUUCAUGGUUUCCCUUGCCGACAUUGAAGAAGAGGGUCCUGAAUAUCUAAUGCUAAUCGGAAGUGGGAACUAAUUAAAGUGAGUUUUAAACUGACUUUUCAGUUUUGUCAUAUUUGUCUUUCUAUUGUGUAAGUCCAAGGCGAAACCAAACGAAAGCUGCGUCAAAAUAAAUUUGCAACUUGAGCCCUUGUAAUGAGAAAAAUGGUGAGAAAAUGGACGAGAAGGACGACGAUGACGGUGCUGAAAGAUGAUGGCGAUGAUAAUAAUUCUCGAGUGCCUGAUAAGACUGACAUACUGUACCACAGUUACUGUAACAUUAUAUAUUGGAAAAAUCACAAAAACCAACAAACAGUCCUCUGCGUCAUAUUAUUCUGAUUUGCAACGACACUGCGUUUUUUUAAACAAAAGUGAGGAAAAAGAAGUGAGGAAGUUCUUUAGAUAUCUGUUUAAGGAGCAUGAGUACACGGCGUGCCUUAACUAUAACUUUUAAAAUUAAAGUUAUUGACAUUUUUGGAAUGAUGUAUAACAACUUUAGUCGAUAAUUUAAUAAUUUGAUCUGGGAUACAAGCCCACUCCAACUAAGCCUCCACUCUUACAAUGUCCAACUACGUGUUCUUGUUGUGUUUGCGGGAUAAUGGCUAACAUAUAGUUCAGCCAGGUAUUGAUCUUUACAAAGGCUUUUUUUUUUUUUUUUUUUUAUUAGGGGGCGGCGUGGCCAAAUGGUUAGCGCAUCGGACUCGCAAUGCGGCAGUCCCUGGUGCGAGUCCCGCUCUGGCCGCACUGUAAUUUUCAGGGAGUUAUAAUAACUCCUCUAGUGGGGCUAAUUUAACUCCUUACAGUGGAGUUAUUUUUCGUGGAGUUAUUUUAACUCCAAAAAGGAGUUUAAAGAACUCUUUUUCAGGAGUAAAAGUGACCACAGAUUUUGAGGAGUUAAAAUAACCCCAAAAAAGGAGUUAUCCUGUACCUAAAAUUUUUACUCCACUUUCAGAGUUAAAUUAACUCCAAAAAGAGUGAAAACAACCCCUGUAAGGAGUACAAGUAACCCCAUUUCGGAGUAAUUUUAACUCCAAGACUGGGAGUGAAAAGAACUCUUUUUCAGGAGUAAAAAUGACCCCAAAUUCGGAGUUAAAUUAGGAGUUAAAAUAACCCCCAAAAAGGGGUUAUCCUGUACCUAAAAUUUUUACUCCAUUUUUGGAGUUAUAAUAACUCCCUAAAAAUUACGGUGCACUUGCUGGAUUUGUUCUCGGUCGACCCGAGUUCAAAUUCACGGCCACGCUUGUAAAAAGCCAACUGGUUGCCUCCUGCCAGUUGGAGGUUUUAAUUCCGUUAUGUUGUAUUUGAAUUAUUUGUUUUCAAGUAUUUGAGUGGAGUGCCCGUAAACUAGCUGGAUAGCUGCACUUUUCACUAUAUAAACAAGUCUUAAAACUUUUUGGCGCUUGGUAGUCCAGAAAACAAAUAAUAAAAAUAAGUUCAUCACACAAACUAAUGCCAAAUCUUAUGUAUGUACUUAUAACGGGUUAUUCUUUUCAAUAAAUGGAAGAGCAGGUCACAGGAUCGAGGUCAUUAAUGAGAAUAAUGACCAAUUGGUUCUACACAACGGGAAGGUGCAUUGAAUCUGGUAAUGCCACCGCUCCUUGACCUUCUCAGAAAUAGUAGGGACUUUUAAGAUCCAACGACGCGGACGGCGACGAAAACGUAAAAAAAAAAAACCAAUAGGUUUUAUAACCAAAACAACAACUCUGCACGUGCAUCACGCUCGUUUGUACAUUUCUUUACCCGUUUUUGCACGACUACGACGUUCUCUGUGCAGUCGCGUCGUUGAAUCUUAAAGUCCCUAAUACCCUUCAACCGCGCGCUCGGUCCUUUAACGAGCGAGCGAGUCCCACCAGACGUCCCGGCCGGCAGCAUACGCCAGGCAGAACCUAGGCAUUAUCUAAUACAUACGCUAUGUUUUCGGGGAGGACUGGGCGAAGUCACCGCCGUCCCAAAAAGUCAAAUAAAUGUGAACAGCGAACACGAAGUGAUUUUAGCACGUCUUAGUCCUAUUUUGUCAGGAGCAAAAUAGAGAGGCAUUCAAUUGUGACAAGAAAUUUUGGAAAGACCCUCUAUUCGCAUUUCGGUGAACCCUUGCGAACCAGUUUUUCCAAAAAGAAGGCAAAGAACUAGUCGAUCGUAACAACCUUGCGAUGCUUGACCUAAUAAGGGAACUUGUACUUCGAAAUGCAUCAAAUUCUAUAGUGUUUCCAAUGCUUCCGAAAGAAUAGCCAGCCUUAAAAUGUCAAUGCUUUGAGAUGAAUUUGGUCAAGAAGCACAAAACGCGCUGCCAAACUGGUCAAGAACAGGUAAUUGUUUAAUAACUGGUCAAUUGCCAUGCGAAAUUACAUACAGAUACGUUUUUACGAGUUACUUAAGGAUGUUAUAUCUUCUCAACAAACAGAACAAGACUACCCUCACGAAAACAUGUUUUCGAAGCGAAACAAAUCAAAUGAAGUAAACAGGUACGAAAAAAGGAGCAUUUAAUAUGUUCUUUUCUUAUGAAUGACACGUAGCUAAAAAGUACCUCGUGCAUGGAACCCUUAACAAUGACAAUUAAUUUUAAGGGCUAGAAUUGGUUAUUAGAGCAAAAACUCGUCAUUUAAGAAUUGGUCAAUUGCCAUGCGAAAUUACAUGCAGAUACGUUUUUACGAGUUACCUAAGGAUGUUAUAUCUUCUCAACAAACAGGAAAAGACUAAUUAAUAGGGAGUUAAUAGGGAGUCAAAAAAGAAUAAAUUAAUUCCUUGCUUUUGUCUUACAAAAUUCAAUAACAUUCACGUCUCAAUAUUCAAUCCCCCAUUUCCACUUAUCAUUGAACCUCUUGAAGGGAACUGACAACAAUCCAAUAAAGUGUCAAUCUGAAAUAAAAUUCAAGCACCUACGGCAUAACGAUUUUUGGAUACAAGAACAUUCCACUGUACGCAAAAAAUCAUUGCUGUUGCUGAACAAUAUAUCGAUAUUGCAAUUAAAAAGUUUUGUCUUAAGUUCUCUAAUUCUAAAAUAUCCGCUUUUUAGUAGGAACGUAUUUUUUUUUGUGUGGAAAAAUGAAAACCCUUGCCAUAAAUGUUUUGGUCAAGUAGGCUUAAAAUGCACUUAAAGCGACCCUUAAUGCUUAAGAAGAGGGUGACAUACCUAAAAUGGAAAUUGUUUUCAUAUAUUGAUGUGAAUGAGUGGCUAGUUGCUACGUAAAAUGCUUAAGACUCCUUAAUAUUGCAACAAAUAUAUUUUUCGAGUGUAGCCACAAAUACAUGUCAACACAAUCUCUAGAACUAUUCGUUUCGACAUUUCUGAGAUGGCUUGCUAUUUCCGGCCAGAUUUGCUUUAGAAAGUGUCAGCACAAUCUAAUAGAAAUUUGAAAUGUACAUUUUCUCGCUACAGAGAAAACAGAUACGUCUCUAUGUACGGAUACUGGAAAAAAAGCUAAAAAACCUGGCUAAAAAACUCGACGUUCAAGAAUAGUCAACUUAAUGAUACCGAAUGAAAUGAUGUUAACGAUAUUGAUUUCAUCAGUUCUUGUGUUCCACAUUUUCGUUGGUUAUGCGUUGGAAGACGUUUAUGUUAUUAACAGAAACUCUGGGCCAAAGGACCGGGUCUGGAAUGGCAAAGACUCUUUUGAAAUUCCACCAUCGAAAUGUGAUCCAUUAACAGCCUCAAUAGCAGAUGAAUGCGAACUAUUUCGAGCAGAUGCGCCGGGGAGCGACAUGCCAAAAUGUUCUUGUCCGUGUCCUGCUGGCAGACCUACGUUCGCUUUCCUUGAGAAUCAGUGGGCGUGUUUGGACAAUCAGUUUAUACGAGUCUUACAAGGUACGAAGAUGAAGUAAUUAUCAAAAUCAUAUUGGAACACUUUAUUUGGAGUUCGACCAUGGGCAUAAUUAUAGUUCGCAUUUGAUGCAUAAUAUCUUUAAUUACUAAUUGAUCAGAUUUGAAAUUUCGGUUAAGCAAUAACAGCGUUGGUGCAAAAGGUCACAAAAAGACUAAGGACAAAGUUAGAAUUGUGAUAAUAUUUAGUGUCUGAGCAUUUACUAGCCGUGCUCUACGUGCCUACAGGCACACGCAUACGCAUCAUAUUUUCUACCUAAAAAUAGGUACAGGUACAGGUUAACUCUCAUAGUUACGAGGUAUACGUAUUCAUACGUACUAAAUAUUGCUUUUCGUUGCUCAUUACAUAACAGACUGCAACCACACAAGCUAUUUUUUGAAUGAGCCAACGAAUCCAAGUGAGUUAUGGGCGUUACAAACCUCUGUCUCAGUGUCAACCAAUAUUCCGAAUAAUGGCCUACAAAGCUGUGAGGUGUUGCCAAAUUCUUCUUGGUAUCUUGGGUGCAAUGGGACGCGAGUGAAGUCACCUCUCUAUCAAAGGAAGAUGAACGACCUGUUUGCAUUAAUCAAUCACUUUGGUGAUGAUGUGUUCAACUAUGUCUCUCUAGAGGUACGAAAAUGUCUUUUAUAUCGAUAUGUCAGAACAGGUGAGGUCAGAAACCAUCACGAGAAAGUUGACGGCUCCAUCCUUGUAUAUUCUCAGUAAAAACAAAAACAAAAGAAAUGAUAAUUUCGGUGUGAAUAUAUUUUGCAAGGGGUACUUAUACAGGAGAGUGAUUUUACGCCUGCGUUUGAAGGCAUACUGAGUAUUUGCACGUGGUUAUCCGAGCCAAUAAAAGCAGAACUUUUUUGGCAAAAAAGGCAGUACCUUCUUGCUCAGUUAUAUUAGGAUUCAAUGUCACGCCAUCAAAAAAAAAAAAGGAAAAGAAAAAGAAAAAAAAUCAAACCAUUCGAAAAUAAAUUAAUAUAGAUAAAUAUAGAUUCACAUGCGGUUUUCCAUACAGUAUGAGAUGCUCUACGGAAUGUUUUACCCAGACAAUUGAGCUUUCUGUGGAAAGGCCAUGUAGGGAAACAGUGUUCAAGAUUACAAGUUCCAUGCCUUAACUUGGAUUAAACGGAAAAUGAGUUGAAGGAAUAGGAUGGACUGACGUUGUGAAGAAGCGCCGAGCCAAGAUAAUGAACUAAAAGUUACAAAUGUGCAAAUUGAAAUCUCAACAUUUCUCAAUACAUUUCCUUCACAGGUUAGAGGUGGUGUCCUAAACGCACAUUUGCUUGAGGGGAAAAUUAUCAACCUUGCUAUACGAUGCAACCAAUCAAACAGCAAUGCCCAGUUUCACAGCUGCCUGAUGUUUAAAUUAAAGGGGCAACAAAUAUGUAAGUUUUUUCCUCAGUGGAUAUCCGUUUUUCACUAUUCAAUGGUUAUGAUGAUCUCUAAGCCGCCGUAAAAGCAUUGAGAUUUGUUCACGCUUUUUUUUUAAAUUAUCUGACAGUUAUUGCCGGAUUGCGCGUAAAAUGCAGCUAUGAACACUGAUGCUGGCCACAUGAUAUCUUAAAUUUUCAGAGGCAAUCAAAGACUAAUUGUAUAUGUUUUUCAUCAGGUCCUGAGCCAGAACCUAAGCUAUACACCCGCACCACUAGAAGUCCCGGAAAUCCAAACCGAAAUUCUCCUAACGACGUAAACACAUCUUCGUCACCUGGCAACGUAAGUAUAGGGGAAAAAGCGAUGUCAGUGGUACUGCCCCCUUUUGUUCACAUGAUUUGAAAUAGCCUCGCGGAUGAACUGACAACCCCUAGGCAGUGGGUUCUUAAUAACAGCAAUAACAGUUAACAACAAAAAUCCAGAUUUUUAGUGUGUUUAGGGUGGCUGUGAGUAAAACGCGGGGCCAGGGUCGGGGUCUAUUUUUUUUGGGGGGGGGGAUAAACCCUAACCCUAACCCUAACCCAAACCUUAAAACAGCAUUCUUUAGAAAAAAGACCAUCAAAAUAUAUGAAGUAGGAGUUUCAGCCAAAACUGCGAAGGGAUAUUUUAAAAUUUUCGAGGAACAAGUCUUUCGACUCCAGAGCAAGGUUUUGAACCAUUUAUAGUGCUUUUAAAACUAAAAAGUACUCUUUAAAGAAUAGCACGAUUGGCAAUCGGCUUUUGUUUUUUUUUCAAAAAAAAAACGAAACACUGGAAUCACCUGUCCCAAAAAUUCAAACUGUUGUCUUGGCUAUCUCAGGCAGCAAUUUGUUAUUGAUAUUCCACAACAAUGUCACAGCUGAAUUUUGACCGACUUUUAGUUACCGAGUUCUGCUCCAACGAUUUUUCUGAAAUUUUCGUAGCAUAUUUAUUAUAUCAAAAGCCGAUACAAGAAAUUGCAGUACAAAAUAUCAGCGAUUUUCUUUGAACAGUGGGGUCCUUUUAAGCGCUAAUUUGCCCCCAAAAUAUUUACCAUCAAUGAAAUCGGAAUAUUGCAUAUCAUUGCCGAAUGAUUUCUGUUGUUCUUUCGAAAGUUUCGCAGCCAUCGCGUUGAAAACAAAAAAAGUUUUGACGGAAAGCCAGUCAUAGCUCAAUGCUUCUGUAUUAAUGACGGAGCCACCUUAAUAUUGUUCGGUGUCUUUUCAAUCUUUUUAAUCACGUCACUUGGUGAUUUCACCUGUCUUUAACACCAGGAAACUACCCCCCCCCCCACCCACAAAAGAAAAAAAAGAAAAAAAAAAUUGUGAGUUGCAAAAGGCCUUUUCCAAUUUUUGUCGAGAGCAUUUUAAAACAAAUUAAAUUGGGGAUUAAGUUUGCAAAACCAAGGAGUGACAAUAGGUUUGAUACACCUAUAAUAAUGAGUAAUUUCUCACUAUAACCGUACCAUUACUGCGUCGUUAGGUUCACUCUCGUCCCAGCCCAGGCCAUGAAGGCAUCUUAGACGGUAGAGGGAUCAUAGCAGUCAUAGCAGCCGUCAUUGUCUCCAUUGCAGUUCUCAUUGCGAUUACCGUCUGCUUAUUGUUUUAUCGCCAUCGGCAGCGAUCAAAGUAGGUAAAACUUGACAGUAAUAAAUGAGUGUGACAUGGCCAAAUGUUUUACUUUUAGUAGGUCUGUUUGCAGUCUUCGGAUAUUGGGCUGAGACAAAUGAUGGCUGAGGGUACCUUCACACGGGACUUUGAACGGCAAGGGCUAACUUAAAAAGUUGGUUAACUGCGUGUGAACGAAACACCCUAACGCACCGAUUUUCAACCGGCGCCUUAAUUGUAAACGCAGCCUGAGUUGAGCCACGUCCCGAGUGGACUUCGUCUAUUAAUUGAUCAUUAACGUGGGAAACACGUGGAAGAAGCUUGCGGGGAGAUGGUUAAACAAGCGAACAAACGUAACUCAUAAAAAUAAAAAAAAUAAUUUAAAAACGUUCUCUGCUUAUCUUUCACCUUACAGAAAGCGAGAGCGUGACAAUAAUCUCUUUGAAGGUAACUUUCUAUUUAUACACAUGCAUUUUAAUACAAAGAUAAACUAUGGCAAUCCCUCCAUGUUUGGCUAACGUACCCAUAUUCUAGCUAUAGGGUCUUAGAGAGCGAGUAAAUCGAGCCAAGCAGUAGCUCGAAAAUAGAGCUGCCAUUAUACAAUAAGAAAAUUAAAAUGUCAACCACUAAAAUGUUCCUUUCGAACUGGCAGGCAGCUCUGUUUUUUUUAAAAUCUUACUUCGGCACUUCUUUGAAGUCUAAACAUUCUCCAGGUUCAAGAUCGAAUUUGUAAACUUGGUAAAACAGUGAUGUCACUAUCAUUAAUAUUUUUAAAUAAACUUUAAAUUUUCAGUUAAAAUCGAGUUGCAAUCUCUUGGCACUUUACUUUUGUAAGUGACUUUAAAAAGCAGCAAACUGAAUAAAACUUUGAAAUAUACAAUCACAUACGUACAGAAUGAAACACCUCUUAAUUCCCCAUUUAUUUGCUCUUGUAGUCACAAUCUCCAGCCGACAAAUUUUGCAG